AAGGCGAGAUCAGUUCACAGUAAGACGUUCGCGGAGAAACACGUGCCUUCCGCGCUCCUCCUUCGUCUGGAUUAAGCCCCUUCUUUUUUUUCCUCGUCUGUGCGUGCCCGAUCUGACUUCCUCGUUCACUCCUUUGCCAGAGGGAGUCGGCACGGUUCUCUGCACUAGUUUUCGACGGAACUUUAAUUGCUGCCUGACCAAGCAGAUAUAUUGGCAGAUUGUGCCUUUUAUUUUACAUACAUAUUGUUUUCUGAUUCACUUAUUAUACUGACAAGACUAAUCGUCGAGGAAGAUACUUAGUUUUGUACAAUAUGAGCUGUCCAUACGCCAGGGAAAAUGGGGUGGACACAGCCCAGCAGGGGAAGAACCUCUUGGACUUCGGCGGAAUUACGUACACUUCUUACCUCCAGCUUCACAAGAUCCUCAAUGCGCAAACGAUGAUGUCGACGGAGGAUGGGACGCCCGUGCACGAUGAGCACCUCUUCAUCAUCAUUCAUCAAGCAUACGAGCUCUGGUUCAAGCAAAUCAUCUACGAGAUCGACUCAGUGAGGGAGAUCUUCAGUGAGGAGGAGGUGGACGAACACAAGAUGCUGGAGAUCGUCAAGAGAAUGCAACGAGUCACCUUGAUCCUGAAGCUGUGUGUCGACCAGUUCCUCAUUCUGGAAACUAUGACGCCUCUCGACUUCAUAGAAUUCCGAAACUACCUGUCACCGGCUUCAGGAUUUCAGAGUUAUCAGUUCAGAUUGCUCGAGAACAAAGUUGGGCUUCGAGGGGAUCUCCGCGUACGAUACAACCAGGAGAACUACAUGAAGGUAUUUGGAGACGAGCCCGAAGUCUGCAAAAACAUCAUGAAGUCCGAGGAGGAACCUUCCCUUCAGAACCUCGUGAGUCGCUGGCUGGAGCGGACACCGGGACUCGAGGAAAAGGGCUUCAAUUUCUGGACGAAAUACAAAAUGGCCGUGGACAGCAUUUUGAGACAAGAGUGCCGAGAGGCUGAGAGCGAAGAGUGCGAAAGCUUAAGAGGCCAUCUCAUCGACCAAAACAAGAGGCGACGAGAGCUAUUUGACAGCAUCUUCGACGCGAGGAUCCACAACGCACUCAUGGCACGCGGCGAGAGACGUCUCACGCACCGGGCCAUGCAGGGAGCUCUCAUGAUUUCCUUGUACAGGGAGGAAUCGCGGUUCAACCAGCCUCACCAGCUCCUUCAGCUUCUCAUGGAUGUUGACUCGCUCAUGACCAAGUGGCGAUACAGCCACGUGAUGUUAGUGCAGAGGAUGAUCGGUUCACAGCAGAUUGGCACUGGCGGGUCGUCAGGUUACCAGUACUUGCGUUCCACUCUUAGUGACCGUUACAAGGUGUUCAUCGAUCUGUUCAACCUGAGUACCUUCCUGCUGCCAAGAAACUGCAUCCCGCCCUUAACACGCCAGAUGAAGAACCGCCUCAGCAUCAUGGAGGAGGACCAGAAGGAGGACGAGAGCAAAGUCUCCUCUUCUGCGUUGCACUCGACCGCGAAGGCUUCCAACCCUCCUUCGGACUCGCCGUGCCCCCGUGAAAACGGAGAGGAAAAGGCGUCAUCAGAGAGUGACCUAGAAAAGAGUUUGGAAAAUAGUAUGGAAAGGUCCUGUGAAGCUUCGAUGUAGAGGUCGAAAUGGCAACGGUAUAACUAGGAAUUUUACAUAGAUGCGCCGUAGUGUUAGUUGGAUAUUGUUGGACUUGUCUUUGGCAGUACUUUUUUUUCGUUCUUUAUUUCUGUCAUUCCUUGAGAACUUGCUGUCUGAAUAAUGUGAUAAUGGUACAUAAACACCUUUCCAAUGGUUUUGGCAUGGUACAAAUGUCCAUUUUAUUGUAUGAAAAUGGAUAAUGUUUAUUUGACUUCGACAUGUACAUGCAUUUUAUAUAUAAAAUGUAUUAGCUACAGUAACUUAAGGUUUUAUUUAUAUAAAGGCAGUUGCUGUGGUGCUCUUUAUUUUGCAUUCAUACCAUGCAUUUCAUUUUGAUAAGCUCUCAGUAAUGGUAUGAUGUUUCUGCAUUUGACAAAAUGUGACUUUUACAAAAACUGUGGCUAUAACUCAUAACAAAUGAGCUUGUACCUUAAGUCUUGUGAAAAACCUAAUACCCAACAUUGCUUUUAAAAAGUGUCUAAAUAUCUGAUUUUGGGAACUCGUGUGGCAUAUGCAAGAUUAUUUUAAUCUUACAGGUGGGUAUUUCUGAUGUAGCUUACAUGUAUAUUUCUUACUAUAUUGUAUGUUUCAAGUGUUAGUAUAUACAAUAAGACCAUAUAUUUUCGAGGAAAAAAAAAACAAGACUGCUGUAUAGAUAUGUAGUGAAAGAUCAUUUAAAUAAAAAAGAUAUUUGUCUCAUGAAAAUGGCUCCCUUAAAUGCAAGAAGGACCCAAUCCAAAUUCGACAUUAUCAGUCUAUACGUGGUAGAGGUUUUUUGGCAAUUUCCGGAGCGCAAUGGUAGAUGGUGUGGCCAAAAAUACGCCCUCAACACAGCCAAUAUAACUAUACUUCGCAAAUCUCAGAAUAGAAAAAAAAUAUAUGUACUAGUAGUAACUUUAGUCUCUGAGGUAGACCCACUCAGAUUCACCAAGUCUCUUUUGUUAAACUAAUCUUAAAGGCUAUAAUUUUCGGUUAAAAGAUGGAAAAAAUAUAGGUAUAAUUUUAAAAAAUACAAAAGACAUGUAAACACAACAUUCUGUUUUCACAAAUGAUAUCUGAUUAAUAGGAGUCCCACAAAGUUGCCAAUUUUUCCUUUCAAGAGAAUAGACAGUGAGAAUAAGUCCCAUAUACAAAAGCACUGCAGGUUUCUUCUAAAUAUUUGCCUUAUGUUCAAGUGCAUUUUUUUUUUAUCAGAUCCCACUUAUUCUGUAUAUGUAGGUAUUUUCUAAUAACAGUACUUACUAACACCAAGGUAUUUCAUGUUGAAUUAUGAAAUAUUACCAUCUGCAAGAACGUUUUUAUACAGGAAAAUCUGAAGUUAGGAAGAGAAAAAGUACACAAUUAGCAACCCUGCUUUUGGUUUCAUAUUCAUAUUAUUUAAAUUAUGCUCAUUUCUUGAUUUUCAGUUUUCAGAUUAGAAAUAUUAUAUCGUUGGGUGAUUGAAUUGUAUCGAGUUAUUUUUUAACAUAAUUAUGAACUGUAUAUAUAAUCAAUAUUCGAACUGUACUGAACAUAACUUCACUUCAAGGCAAUUUGUCCACAUAAGUAUUUAAAACCAUACGAAUCA